GCCCCCCGGCGGCGGGAUAAGGCAGCUAGCGGGGUCCCGGCGGACGCAGGCUGCCGCAGAGGGCUCACCUGCAACAGGUGCUGGGACGGCCCUGCACGAGACGCGCGGGUACCAGGCGGGGCACUGCUGGUGGGAGGAUGCUGCGCGAACGGACGGUGCGGCUGCAGUUCGGGACCCGCGUCGAGGCGGUGUACGUGCUGGGCACGCAGCUCUGGACCGAUGUCUACAGCGCGGCCCCAGCCGGGGCCACAACCUUCAGCCUGAAGCACUCCGAGCACGUGCAGGUGGAGGUGGUGCGUGACGGGGAGGCUGAGGAGGUGGCCACCAACGGCAAACAGCGCUGGGCCCUCUCGCCCAGCACCACGCUGAGGCUCACCAUGAGCCAGGCAAGCACCGAGGCCAGCAGCGACAAGGUCACCGUCAACUACUACGAGGAAGAGGACAGCGGCCCCAUCGACCAGGCUGGACUCUUCCUCACGGCCAUUGAGAUUUCCUUGGAUGUGGAUGCAGACCGGGACGGCGUGGUGGAGAAAAACAACCCAAACAAGGCAUCGUGGACCUGGGGCCCCAAGGGCCAGGGAGCCAUCCUGCUGGUGAACUGUGACCGAGAUACACCCUGGCUGCCCAAGGAGGACUGCAGUGACCAGAAGGUCUACAGCAAGCAAGACCUCAAGGACAUGUCCCAGAUGGUCCUGAGAACCAAGGGUCCUGACCACCUGCCUGCUGGAUAUGAGAUGGUUCUCUACAUCUCCGUGUCAGACUCGGACAAAGUGGGCGUGUUCUACGUGGAGAACCCAUUCUUCGGUGAGCGCUACAUCCACAUCCUGGGCCGAAAGAAGCUCUACCACGUGGUCAAGUACACGGGCGGCUCCGCGGAGCUUCUGUUCUUCGUGGAAGGCCUCCGCUUCCCUGACGAGGGCUUCUCGGGCCUGGUCUCCAUCCACGUCAGCCUGCUGGAGUACAUGGACGAGGAGGUUCCCCUGACGCCCAUCUUCACGGAUACCGUGACCUUCCGCAUCGCGCCGUGGAUCAUGACGCCCAACAUCCUGCCUCCCGUGUCGGUGUUUGUGUGCUGCAUGAAGGACAACUACCUGUUCCUCAAGGAGGUGAAGAACCUAGUAGAGAAAACCAACUGCGAGCUGAAGGUCUGCUUCCAGUACAUGAACCGGGGCGACCGCUGGAUCCAGGAUGAAAUUGAGUUUGGCUACAUCGAGGCCCCGCACAAAGGCUUCCCCGUGGUGCUGGACUCCCCCCGAGAUGGGAAUCUCAAGGACUUCCCCAUAAAGCAGCUCCUGGGCCCGGAUUUCGGCUACGUGACCCGGGAGCCCCUCUUUGAGCCCGUCACCAGCCUUGAUUCCUUUGGGAACUUGGAGGUCAGCCCCCCGGUGACCGUGAACGGCAAGACGUACCCCUUUGGGCGGAUCCUCAUCGGGAGCAGCUUCCCUCUGUCUGGCGGGCGGCGGAUGACCAAGGUGGUACGCGACUUCCUGGAAGCCCAGCAGGUGCAGGCGCCUGUGGUGGAGCUCUACUCGGACUGGCUGACCGUGGGUCACGUGGAUGAGUUCAUGACCUUCGUCCCCAUCCCAGGCACAAAGGAAUUCCGGUUGCUCAUGGCCAGCACCUCGGCCUGCUACAAGCUCUUCCGAGAGAAGCAAAGGGAAGGCCACGGCGAAGCCAUCAUGUUCAAAGGCCUCGGGGGAAUGAGCAGCAAGCGGAUCACCAUCAACAAGAUCCUGUCCAGUGAGAGCCUCGUGAAGGAGAACCACUACUUCCAGCGCUGCCUGGACUGGAACCGCGACAUCCUCAAAAAGGAGCUGGGGCUGACAGAGCAGGACAUCAUCGACCUGCCCGCUCUAUUCAAGAUGGACGAGGGCCGCCAGGCCAGGGCCUUCUUCCCAAACAUGGUGAACAUGAUUGUGCUGGAUAAGGACCUGGGCAUCCCCAAGCCCUUCGGGCCCCAGCUGGAGGAGGAGUGCUGCCUGGAGACGCACGUGCGCGGCCUGCUGGAGCCGCUGGGCUUCUGCUGCACCUUCAUCGACGACAUCUCCGCCUACCACAAGUUCCUGGGGGAGGUGCACUGCGGCACCAACGUCCGCAGGAAGCCCUUCCCCUUCAAGUGGUGGCACAUGGUGCCCUGACCCGCAGGGCCCGUGCUUCCCUCCGCCCUUCAGUUCUCCAGGCCCUCCCCCUGCCUGAGCUGGACUGGGUGGCCCUGCUGGGAGACUUGCGGGGAGUGGAGUAGAAUUUAGGGGAGCUGUGCCUUGCCCUCCCUGGGAAGGACCUGUGUCACCCCCAGUGAGCCUCAGCUGUGUCCCUCCUGAAAAUAGCUAGGUGUGUGGCCAGCGUCUGCAGAGCCCUGACAUGAGAAACAAAACCAAACUCAAAAAGUCGUGUAUCCAAACCAUUCCCCAAGGAGAUCCGGAGAAGGGAUCGCUGGUUCUUCCAACAGCCAGACCCUAAAGUUCAAGGUUGGUCCCAUGGAAAGGGACCCUGGCUCCCCAGGCAUACCUUGAACUGCACUGUCAUUUCAAAUUCACUGCCGCCUUGAAUUGUCCAUUCCUCACCCCCUCCCACCCCUCUGGACUUUCUCUCUGCAGUGUGGGCACCCUGGGCUAGCCCUCCCCACUCCCUGCGGGUCCAAUAAUCUAGUUUAGAACCUUCCCUGGAGACAGAUCUCCUCAGAGCAGGCUUCUCCCCCACAGGCCAGGGGCUCUCUCCCCAGAUCAGGACCCGUGUGCCUGAGUUCAGCUGCAGAGCUGCCCGUCCACUCUAUCCAUCUCCUCUUGCCUGGUCCUCGAUUCUCCCGCAGCCCCUGACCUCCCUCCUCCAACACCCCAGUGGCCUCCCUUCCGGUUCUUGAUCCCAUCUCUCCAGGCAGCUAAACAAGGGCUUCUUCACCACCAGCCAGAUUCGGAGCUUCCCCAGCCCCAGCGGCCACUUCCAGCCCCAAAGAGGUAAUGAUCAUCCUGUUAAAAUUCACUAGUCCGUUUGCCAGUGACCCUCUCCUUUGGACAUAGCCACAUGCAUCCCCUGGCUCCUCCUGAAAAGAGUUAGCUUCCACUAAAGAAAAAAAGAAAGUUCCUUUAGGGCCAAGAGAAUAAGUGAAUUGUAAUUACACUUUGCAGGCUCAAAAAGAAGCGUUGCAUAACCAGUGAAACCAGUGUAUUCUUGGGGGAACAGGAUUUCAUUCUGGAUUAUUUCAUUCCCCAUCCAUGAAACGUUUGCAGCAUGAUUACUGAGCGACAGGAUGUGUUGGGUCUGAGCGCAGUGGUCAGUAGCAAAGCAGGCCUGGAACCGGGCAGCCCCUACAUGCAAAUCAUGUGGAGAUGGCCAGCCUUUGCCCUGAUAGUGAGGCCAGAUUCAGAGACACCAGCUCUCUAGUUUCAGGAAAUGCUCAGGGCACAAAUCUUCCUGCGAGUCACUGUCACAAUGAAACAGGUACACUUCCCAUCCAGGUGGGCCAGGACCGCCUGUCAGACCAGACCCCCAGAGCCUCAGAAGCUGUUCUCCUCUCUGGGGACAGUGGUUCCUGCCUUACAGCGUGUCUUGUGUGUGCGUUUGUUUGCUUACUGUGGGUUUGUGGACUUCUUUUAUUUUUAUCUCUAGUCUAUGUUAGGGGGAAGUGAGCACCUCCCACACGGAGCCAGUGUGCCUUUGCCAAUAUUCCUGAUGCGCUCCCCGUCAUGAGUUGGUCAUUUUUGAGGUUGCUGGAGCCCCAGGACUCAGACAGCGCCCCCUCCCCUUGCUCUCAGUACCCCCGUGUGACCACCCUCAGGGUGGACGGACCCCGUGGACUCCCUGCUCUUCCCCGACCCUGUCUAUAAAUGUCAGCCUAGACCAUGCUUCUGGGUUGCAAAACCCAGCCAAGUUCCUGUUUCGGUCUUGAUUUUUAAAUACUCUUUGCAAGCGGGCAGGGGGAACCACGAAGAUGGCAAGAGCUGGGCAGUUUCCGACUUCUGGAAAAGAGGCCGUGAUGGAGAUCGAAAGGUGUUUGGGGAAGAGCCUGACUAAAAAGCAAUCGAAUAAACGGUCCAAGGGGAAGUCA